AUGACUAAACGUUCAAAUAAAAGUAACAAUGUGCCUCUCCAUAAAGUUAUCAUGGUAGGCUCUGGUGGUGUUGGUAAAUCUGCCUUAACGCUUCAAUACAUGUACGGUGAUUUUGUUGAAGAAUACGACCCUACAAAAGCAGACUCCUAUAGAAAGAAGGUUGUAUUGGAUGGCAUGGAUUGUCAAAUUGAUAUUUUAGAUACAGCAGGACAAGAAGAAUAUGCUGCCAUAAGAGAUAAUUAUUAUCGGUCAGGAGAAGGCUUUUUGUGUGUCUUUUCUGUUUGUGAACAAGAAUCAUUAGACCAUACACAAGAAUUUCGAGAUCAAAUAUUAAGAGUGCUUGAUGAUGAAUCCAUACCUUUUGUCUUGGUAGGCAAUAAGGUGGAUUUAGCUCAUUUACGUAAAGUUGAAUCUGGCUCAGCUCAACAGAUUGCUCAAGAAUGGGGAUGUCCUUAUAUUGAGACUUCUGCCAAAACAAGACAGAAUGUAGAUGAAGUAUAUACUGUAUUGAUGAGAUUAAUAGCCAAGAGGAAAGAAGCCAUGCACCGUGAAGAUGGAAAGUCAAAGAAAAGCUCAUGCUUGAUAUUAUAA